AUGUCCGUUGAACGCACUGGGCGUGCAUGGCUUGUCUACGACGAGGAGCUCAACGCCAUCUUUUGCUCGGUCUGCAAGUCCGCCAAGACCAACAACAUUUUCGCCAAACCUGGCGGUUACACGGGCGGCCCGACCAAGAAGCUCGUGCUCAGCCAGAUCAAGAAGCAUGGCGACAGUGAGAAGCACAAGGAAGCAGUUCUCCGAACAGCGAACGCUUCGGCCAUGCAGCUCAUGCUUGAUAACGCACGCGUGCUCGAGGAGAAGCGCACGGAAAACCAACUGCCGUACGAGCUCAUGCCGCAGCUUUGCUGUCUCGUCAAGGACAGCAUCGAUAUCUUCAACGCCGCAGACUCGUUCGACCGCAGCGUCCAUGCGUACGGCUCGUCCGGCAACGCCAAAAGCGCAGCCGACCUUGUCUCGGUGUGCGAAACCUCGGUCAUGCAGACGACCAAGAUGGAGAUCGACGCGGCCAUGUACUUCUCGGUUACGUGCGACGAGUCGACGGAUGGCGGCGGCGAGAAGAAUCUCAUCGUCAUGGCGCGCUAUGUGUAUGGCAGCGCCAUUCGCGUGCGCAUGCUUGGUGUUGUCACGCCGGGCACGUCUGACGCUGUGCUUGCGGCACUGCUGCGCCUCAUCGAAGAUGUCGGCCUCGACUACCGCGACAUGGUCGGGUUUGCAAGCGACGGGGCAUCGGUCAUGCUCGGUUGUCGCAACGGCGUCGCUACGCUACUCAAGACCAAGAUCCCACGUCUCGUUACCUCGCACUGCCCCGCCCACCGCCUCAACGUGGCUGCCGAGGCCGCCGAGGGUCCCUACGAGGAAGAGCGUAUGAGCGUCGUUACCGCGAUCUACUCGUACUUCAACAAGUCGCUUUCACGCCAGCAAGCCUUGGACGCGGCGAUCCAGCACUGCAAGUCCAAGAAUCCGAAGCCUCUGCUCGGCUGGCUUUCUCGUGGGCAAAUGAUGUCGAACUUUUACGAGCUCUUGGAUCCGAUCGCGCACGUGAUUCACGAGGACAAGGGCUCCGCUGCGUCCGUCCACGCCGUGUACCUCGCCAACGAUGGCUUCCAUUUCUGGGUUGCCUUGAUGAACGACAUUUUGGUGAUUCUCAACAACCUCAGCAAAGCGCUGCAAGCAUCCGACAUGCACAUCGUCAUGGUCGGUCAAGCCGUUGCCACUCACGCGGCGCACCUCAAGGCGGCAUUCCCGGCUGGUACGUCACGCUCGAGCGUGAUGACGCCGUCGGCAUGCUCCGUCCUCGGGAAGCUCGAGCAGAAGGCCACCGUCGACUACGAAGCCCUCGAUGAGGCGUACGAAGCUAGCGUCAACUACGUCGAGCGCCUUGUCGAGGGCCUCGAAGAGCGCUUUACAACAAGGACGCAGGAGGUCGUUGAAUCGUUUUCAGCUCUCUACCCGUUCGGCUUGAAGAAGGCCGAGUCGCUCGGUCCUUUCGGCAACGAAGCGGUGAUCAACCUCGCCAAGCUGUACGACUUGGACGUCCCGUCCCGGUGGACGAACGUCCUCUUGCUCGAGCAUUACGUGACAACGAUGGCGCCGCAGCUCGAUGAAGCCAACUACGUGGGCCAUCGCCUGCCGCCGGUGCUGGUCGCUGCUGUCGAUAGCUACGUCUUUGCACCUCGCCCGUCGAUCAUGGACAUGCUACCCGACACGGCCGCCAACAUCAUCAGCGUCAUUGCUGUCGGUCUUGCCUCUGCGGCAGUGUGCCAGCCAUCGCUGCCACUGCCAUCCAAGGCCAUUGAUCGUAUUCUACGCGCAGUGACCGACCCAGACCUCGACUCGUACUCGAUGCGACGCAUCCGUGUGGAUGGCAUCCAGAGCGUCCUCUACUUGGCGCUCGCGACCAACCGAGUCGACGCGGCGCUGUUUGAGCAAUGUGUUAUCCUCUGGGACCUCAAGUUGCUGCCUGCGCUCCGGACUCUCUGCGCCACGCAGUGUCCCAACUUCAGCACGGUAUCGCCUUUCGUGAUUGCGUAUCUCCGCCGCGUGCCGAAGUCGCUCGGCACACCCGACUGUUGGCGCUCCAGCUGGUAUACAGACGACGAGAAGAUCUACAAAGAUGCGUCCGUCGCGAUUGGUGUCCUGCUCUUGCUCGAUGCGAUCGACCUCCUCCAGCGACUCUCGCCCACGACUGUUGUGCCCUACCUUACGGCGUGUCUUGCGGCGCUGCCAAGGACGCUCGAGGCGACGCACUCGCUGCUGGCGCCUGUAGUGAUGCAUGGCCCGAGAGUCAAAGUGCUGUGGCACUUGGCAAGCCAGCUGAUUGCGCGCUUUGAAGCGCUUCCGAGUCUCCCGACGUACGCCAGCUUUGCGAUAGUGCACAAGUUUCUGCAAAGCCCUGACGAUGCCGAGUUCAUUCUAUACCAAUAUGAUCUGUGCGAUAUGAUCGCGCGCGUCAUCAACGCCCACUCGACCCGUCUCGCCUUCCUGGCCAAGUGA